GAGGGGAGGAGAUUCACAAAGCAGAGGAGCUCCAGUGCGUGUGUUUUAGGGGAGGGAUAAGCAGUAGUUUCAUUAACCAGAGAGCGAGGACAGAGACAACACACGAACUGUCGGCUGCAAUUGGUCAAAUCAUGGCCCACCCUUCUCAGCUUCGAGUAAUGGUACAGUUGAGUGCUUGACGAUUUGUUGGCGAGGAAGAGAGGAGAACGCCAAGGACUGAGGUAAACCACCCUGGAGGCAAAGAGGAGCACGUUAACAGUAUCUCACCGAGCUGUGCAUAUGCGUGUGUGAAACGAAGCAACCGUGAUUAUGGAGUCUUUUCUACGGACGGGACUGCUUCUGCUCAUAGUCCACACGGCACCCACGGAGGAAGGGCUCAGCAUUAGCCCCUCAUUUAUGGCCCAGUGUGGCCAAAACCUGAGCCUGUUUUGCAACAACACCCACCCUCCACUACCGGGGAGCCAUGUCACAAUGAACUGGGCCCACAGUGACAGCAAUAGGGUCAUAUGUGAAGUAAACACCUCUCACCCCACCAAAGAAACGGAUGACUACAUAUGUGCCAUGACAGAAGGUGUUCAUCUGGAGCUCACCCUGCUUGGGAUUAAGCCUGACAAUCGGGGGGUAUACGUCUGCAAGCUAAGCUCGGCAGAAGGAACAGCGUGCACUAUGACCAAUGUGACUCUGGACGAGUGCUACACGGGCCCGAACGUGACUACAACAGCCGAGGCUUACUCCUGCACCUUCACAGGGGUGUUCCCUGAGGGAGAGGUGCACUGGUUCCAAGGCCCCGAAAGACUGACGGGGAACACCACGUGCACCACCACGGUGCGCGUGGAGCCACGAGGAGGCUUGACCAUCUGCAGUACCUUGAAAAGAAACUCAACGUCUGGGCAGCUACCCUACACCUGCUCCCUGUGGAACCCCAGAGCCAAACGUUACUUGACCAGCCAAGUAACUGGUCCCAGCAAGGUUACAGGGUCCAGCAAUGGAAGAGAGGCCCACAGAGCUUUCUGGGAACUGUGGGCGAUACUUCUGGCAAGCCAUUUCCUGAUGAAGCUGUGGGCCUGACUGCUACCUGCUUUGUGUCUGAAUGAUCCCUGAGGGAAUGAUUAACUCCAUAACAAGGAAGUUUCUGGGCCUCUGUGAUAAGGUAGAGCAUGCUGUAUGGUCUGAGGAGCUUAACUAGGUUAAAAGGUGUGUUAUGGUUGUGGAAGAAAUUGCGAUUUCCGGUGUGCUUACAUUAUUCACUAAUCAAUAUAACUAGUCAUUGGAUACUAGUUAGUAUGUUCUCAUGCAAGCUUGCUAUUAAUAAGAGUAGAUGGUGUCUAUGCGUCAGGGUUAAUAGAUGUUCGUGAUCAGGAGAAAGUACUGGGUAAACGUCCUUGGUCAUGACUACAAGGAGAGCGCCAACUAUGAUCUCUCUAGUCUGAGUGGUCAUGUGUUGGGAGCUGUGAAUCUCUUCCUCUGAGACUGUUGUAACGUCAUUACUGCCUGACUGUCACUAUCUAUGUUUACAUUCCUGUGCCCUAUAAAAGAUGGUCCUCCGGCUUUCAGAGCUGAGAGAGACAUGAUUGAGACCUAA